CCGUGUGCGUGUAGCAGUCGUCUUGAAUGGACAGGUCACUCUGAAAAAGGACUUAUCCGCACAGUCGCUAACGAGUUCGUACAAACAUGGUGUGUCCGAGAAAACGUUGAAACAUUGCUUGCUGCUAGAGCUCAUCAUCCGGAUUUCACUGACUAUGGAGAGUGUCCAAUAUAUUGGCAUGAUCUUUGUGAUGGUUCACUCAAUGACGGCCACGAACACACAUCCUGAUGGGGUCAUCACUACCACAUACGGCGCCAUUCAAGGGAAAGUUGUAACCGUGAGGAACGAGUCAGUCUAUCAGUUUCUUAAAGUUCCAUUUGCCAAACCUCCACUGGGGAACUUGCGAUUCCAGAAACCGGAACGUCCCGAUUCAUGGAAUGGAACCCGCAAUGCCGUUCAUUACGGGCCUCCGUGUAUGCAACGACUUCUUACACGGUACAAAAACAUAUUGGAAGACAGCACUGUUUCUGAGGACUGUCUUUAUCUGAACGUUUACGUGCCUGGGAGAAUAGAUGUCAACGCUAACCUCUCAGUAAUGGUUUACAUACAUGGUGGAGGAUACAAAACGAAAACUGCGUCACUAUUCGACGGCUCCUUCCUGGCUCAGUCCGGAAACGUGAUCGUUAUUAUUCCAAACUACCGCCUUGGGUUCUUUGGCUUCCUUAGCACAGAAGACGAAGCAGCUAAAGGAAAUUACGGACUCUGGGACCAGAUAUUUUGCUUGCGUUGGGUCCAGGAGAAUAUAAAAUUCUUUGGAGGAAAUCCUGCAAAGGUUACAAUGUUUGGCCAUUCGGCUGGCGGAUACAGCAUCGGCUUACUUCUCUUGUCGGCAGAAACCAAGGAUUUGUUUCGGAGAGCUAUCCCGAUGAGUGGAUUCGGGUUGAGCCCAAGGGCAAUUACCCAUAAGCCUCGAAUGGCAACAAUAAGACUUGCCACUAAACUCGGUUGUAUUCCAACAGGUUGGGAUUCCACUGAUAUGUCUAUCCUUACAGACUGUAUGAGAAAUAAAACCGCGCAUGAAUUGCUUGAUGGACAAAAUAAGAUUGUUGCUGAAGAUUCGUCGAGUCCUCAUUUCAUAAUGCGACCAGCACCAGUUAUAGAUAAAGAAAUCUUGAUGGACACUCCCCAUAGGAUUAUGUACAAUCCGGAUUCGGACGGAAGUCGACGAUACGUGUCAGCUGACUACAUGACCGGAACAAACAGUGCAGACGGAGGUUUGAUAAGGUCGUAUUUGAAGGUCAUUCAAACUCGUUAUAAUUUUACGCUUUCUGACGGAGCACCAACAAUCGCUCUGUGUGAUUCUAUUGCACCCGCACUUGCACGUGAUUAUUAUGCAUCCAGUGUCAGAAUAGCUAACGCAAUAUGUGCUAGCUACACCUCAGAUGGCACACUAGCAGACCAGGCACGACGUCUGGUGAAUUUGUUUGGGGAUAUGAUGUACGAUAGCAGGACAGUACAAACUUUGAGGCGUCAUAUUUUAGGAAAUCCUCGGUCCUUCCAGUUCAUCUUGUCCCAUAAGUCUUCGUUUGUGACUACUCCGGGUCUUCCCCCGUGGUUGACUGGAGCGUAUCAUGGUGAUGAGCUGGCAUAUAUAUUUGGGCAGGCGUCACACAACUUCUCCAGCUCAGAAAGGGAUUUGAGCGCAGCAAUGAUGACUUAUUUGACAAACUUUGCCAAGUUCGGAAAUCCAAAUGGCGACAACUCCACAAGUACAUCACUUCCAGUGUGGCCACAAUUUGAGCAAGAACAGGAACAGUACAUGGACUUUGAUCUCAACCUUACGAUAAGGGACCAUCUACACAGAAAUAUGGUGAAAUUUUGGCUGGAAACUGUUCCAGCUCUCAACAAAACGGGUGAUGGCGCAGUAUCCAUGGCAACGAUGUCUCGUCCUCUCCUGUGGUCACAACUUUUAUCGUGUUUUGUGCUCGUUUUGAAUUUGAAGAUCUAGUAUGACACUUUCCGCGUGGUGUAUUAUGUUUCUAGUUUUCCUUACUGUAUAUGGCCUCAUAGUGUUCUACUGUGAUGUAAUAGUAUAGAAGCCGGAGGCAAAGUAUGACCAUUGGACCAUUGUUUCACAAAGAGGCAAUAUAUCAAAAUAUUAGAUUCAUUGGUGUUGAGUUUUCUAGAAAAUGGGGGAGGGGGGAGGGGGGGGGGGCGAAGACGGAUACGGAUAUAUGAGUAGGGUGAACUGGAUUGCUUUCCUACACUCUUCUGUCAAUGACUAAAAGUGCAUCACUUCUCCAAGACAAGCAUGCAGUUAUACCAAAUGGCAAAGCUUUUUAUAACACUGGUAAACACCACUAUAUUACAUCCUUAAUUUUGCUCGUUGACAAGUGUCAUCAAUCCAAUUCUGAAAGGUAGGGCCUACGCCUAUGGAGAUUUAACAUAAGCGUCGGCCCCCGCUUGAAAUUUCCAAAAAAACAAAAAGGUAUGGGUAGA